AAAAAACUUUCCAUCCUCUCAAAAGCAUCUAUUUUUCGUAUGUAACACAUCCAAUUAUAGCUCAUGUAAGUUUAAAUUCGGAUCUGACUCUCUCUGCCCUGCCCUGUUGAAAAUUUUGUUGUAUUGUCCCUGCCCCGCCUUCUCAGUUUAAGCUUUUCCUCUGCCCUGCCCUGCCCUGCCCUGCCCCACCCCAUUCCCGUAACUACUUUCAACUGAGUUUUGCUAAUCAUGAGACUUUGAUUUGUUAGCAAAUAACGCCUGCUUUCAUCAAUGAACACAAGAAGAUGUUGGCGAAGACCUGCUUACUGCAAACGAAUGAAGGGAUAUUGCGGGAAGCAAAGAUAAUAAGAGAGAAUUCCAAUUUCUUCAUCUGUGAAGGAGACUGGCUACAGUUUGUGGUGUAUCACAAGCUGAGACCUGGGGAAAUCUUGCUCUUCUUACUCAUUGAUAAAUCGACGUUCCUUGUGGUGACCUACACCCAGAAAAGUGGUAAAAACCUUCGUGGGUGGUAACCUUUUCAGGAACUCAGCAGUAGCUCGGAAGAGGAAAAUGAAGAGGACACGGAACCUUCAAGAAAUUCGAAGGAAUCAUCAGAUUCUGAGGAAGAACGCGUUGAUCCAUCCAGUUGCUCCAAAGAUGGGGAAAAUCCUAGCUACUCAUAUUUAGGUUCUUAUCAUGACAGGAGUUAAAUCCAAUGUCAAAGAUGAUGAAAUGAUCUGCUUGAAGAAGAAAGUUUCGGAACUAGAAUUGUCUGUCAGUGAUCUUGACAACCCUAAGUGGCCUCUAGGUUCUUUCUUUGUUUUCAUGGAUGAGUUUAAGAAGUGGUGCCUCGAGGUGAAUCCAAACAUCAAAUCUUUUGAUGCUGUCAAGAAAGCUGGCAGAGGCAAGUGGAAACGGAUAUCAGAUGCUGAGAAGGCUCCUUAUAUAGCAGAGGCAAAGAAAAAGAACGUAGAAUAUGCUAAGGUCUUGGAUUCUUAUAACUGGCGAAUGGCUGCUGGAUAUGCUGAAGAAGGGGAAUCUGUCAGACCAAGGUCCGAGUUUGAUCCAUCCAAUGGCUCCAAAGAUGGAGAAAAUCCUUGCUACUCACAUUUAGAUAAAAUUAUCCGUUUGAAGAAGAAAGCUCGAGGACUAGACUGGUCUAGGAUGCUUGUCAGGGAUCUUGACAACCCUAAUAGGCCUUUAAGUGCUUUCUUCGCUUUCAUGGAAGAGUUGAAGAAGCAGUUCUUGGAGGUGAAUCCAAACAUCAAAUCUCUUGUCGCUGUUGGGGAAGCUGGUUUAGGCAAGUGGAAACAAAUGUCAGAUGCUGAGAAAGCUCCUUAUAUAAGAAGGUCGAAUAUGCAAAGAUCAUGGAGGCACAGGCGAAUGGCUGCUGGAUAUGCCGAAGAAGAGGAAUCUGACAAGUCAAGGUCCGACGUUAAUCCAUCCAGUGGCUCCAAAUAUAGGGAAAUUCCCUCUGACACACAUUUAGGAGAUAAUCUGAUGCCGAAGCUAAUUAUGUAUUCCACAUGAAGCCGAAAGCUCCGGGACUAAAUAAUGUAAGAAAGCUUGCCAAACCUAAGAGGCCUGUGAGUGCUUUCUUCAUUUUCAUGAACGAGUUCAGUAAGCAGUUUCCUGAGAUGAAUCUAAGCAUCGAAUCUAUCGUCGCUAUCGGGAAUGCUGGUGAAGGCAGGUGGAAGCAGAUGUCAGACACUGAGAGAAUUCCUUAUAUAGCAGAGGAAGAGAAAAGGAAGCUGGAAUAUGAAAAGAGAACGAAUGCUUAUAGUAGGCUCGUGGCUGUUGUAGAUACCGAAGAAGAGAAAUCUGACAAGUCAAGGUCCGAGUUUGAUGACAAAGAGGAAAGUGGAGAGGAAGAGGAUGACGACGACUUGUGUAAUAUAUCCUAUGUAUGACAUCUUCUUUCCCCAUUAAAUUUGGGCCUUUCGGCAGUGGCAGAGCCAGGAUUUUCGUCUAGGGGGUUCAAAAAUUCUAAAAGGUAAAUACACGAAGAAGUCAGGGGGUUCAACAUCUACUAUAUAUACAUAAUAAAAUAAUUUUAACUUUGAAAAUACACUGUAAUUUUUCGCCGAGGGCCCCCUGGAGCUAACGUGGCUCCGCCCCUGCCUUUCGGUCUUUAGAGGUUUUGUAGAGAAGGAAAAAGAUGGAAUUUAGAGCAGCUUCUGUCAAAACUCAAUGGCUCUUUGUACUGUUUAUUUUGAUGCUGCUUAAUGAUAAUUCAGCUAGGCAUUUGUCUUUCUUGGCUAGUUUAUGGAUUUCCAUUUAAUACUAUCUCUUUCUAAUUGUCUGUUU